AUGCAGAUCGAGUCACAGAGGAUUGAUCCUGACUCUCCGCGGCUCCAUCGAUCUCCCAUCAUAGAAUCCGAGCAGAACAACGUUAAAUCUUGGUCAAAUGCUCUGAGCCAUGCAGAGCCCGUCGAACGAACUUCUACUCACCAGCCGCGUCUUCUACAGAUUGACGAAUCCCGGAAUCAGCCUGAUUUGUCUUCUAUGAAUAUUGGCAGUGCUACUGGGGUCUCUACCACGCCACAAAGGGCAGCCCCGGACGUUAUGGAUACGAAUUUGCACACGAGCAACCUCGAAUUCUACGGAUCAUCAUCGUCCGUGGCUUUCCUUCGUCACAUGGAAAUGCUAUCCAACAGCCAGAAUACAGACUCUGUAGGCGGACAGCCCAGGUGUUCAUUAGCUUCACUCCUGCACAACACAGAAUUUUGCCCGGAUACACCGCACAACCGACAGGAAGCACAAGAGGCAAGUACAAACUCUGACCGAUUCCACUUCCGUGUUGCGAGACGAUUUUUGGAUUCCUACUUCUCCAAUAUUCACCGUAUCCAACCUAUUUUCGAAGAGGAAGCCUUUCUGAGUCGUUGCGAAGACCUCUGGUUCAACACCCCCGAGAAGCAAUCAUUGUCUUUCGUUGCUCUUUACUAUGCGACGUUGAGUCUGGGCAGCCUUGUCAUGACUUUUGAAACACCAGAGGUUGCUGGAGCCGAUCGGUUUACUUGGAGUCGAAGGCUGUUCAGCAGAGCGCUCGCCAUCGUAACACGACUCGGCACAGCGACGGACAUAGAGAUGGUCCAGUGCUUCUACAUGAUGAGCAAGAUAUAUCAGCACGAACUCAACCCUCAUGUGGCAUAUCUAUACUCAGGUCAAGCGGCAAGAACUUCGUUAGCGAUCGGAAUCAAUCGACGACCAAUCAUCCCGGACGUAACUGAUCCGAGGGCUACGAUGACGGCAUCCAAAACAUGGUGGUAUACAAGUUUUGCACUGGGCCGACCCGACAGCCUCGGACCUGACGAAUAUCAUACACAAGAUCUUCCCGCCAGAUCGGUGGAAGAAACACGUUCGAGCACCAGCGCCCUAGACAUUGUUACCUGCAUGGUUGAUCUCUCAAGGAUCAUGCGAAAAGUAGCACUCGCUCUGUACACGGUCCCCUGCGAGAUGGAAGAGAAGCUCCAGCGAGCAGAGACACUGGAUGCUAGCUUAUGUAGUUGGCAUGAGCAAAUCCCGGCCUACCUUCGCGUCGACCACAGCCUUUUUCCACCCCAAUCUCUGAAGCCAAGCGGUCUCGCCAGCUGUAGCAAGAAACAGUCCAUCGUGCUCCAGCUUCGCUACCUGAACUUGCGCAUGAUCGUCCACGCCGCAUUCAUGACUCAAGCAGACAACGGCGCGUCGGGCGACGCCAUGCCGGUGCGAGAAUAUCAGCUCAAGUGUCUGGAGGCUGCAGAAAGUACAAUCGACCUAAUAUACAACACAUUCCUGAACGACAGUUUCUUUCAGACAUGGUGGUACAACGCUACGUAUACGUUGUUUGCUGUCAGUAUUCUGCUCGCGGCUGUCUUCCAGCAACUUGCGACCAGUCAGCAUGCACUCGACAACCUCUUCGUUCAUAUUGACCGUGCCAUACUGAUCCUACAAGCUAUGGACGAGUGCCUGGUUGCUAGAACCGCGACAGCAAUCAUCAAGCGCUCCCUUGCUCGUGCGAAAAAGGCUCCGCAGCCGGCAUUAAACGCGGUACGGGGUUCAUCAACACGCGGUGCGGAUCCUAGUAACGGCGAACUGCCUCCGCCGUCAUCUUUUGGGCAAACCCAAGGGACUGGAAGCGUCGAAUCACUGUUGCAGCCUUAUCCGACAGCGGGAGCUUUCGAAGAGGAUACCAUGGACGAUAUCGAUUGGCUCGAUAGCUUUCAAUUCGACGACAGCCAACAGACUUUAUUCUGGACACGAUGGGCACAAGAGCUUGAUGUUUUGGGAACAUGA